AUGAUCCGCCCUUGGAUACUCUGUUUCCUCCUCUCCCCCCUUUUCACUUUCUCCUCUCCCUAUUCUGAUAGCUGGGGGCCCCUCGUAAAUCUCACUCAUCGCCUCCUACGAGACACUAAUUCCUCUCUUUUACCAAACUGUUGGGUCUGCUUGUCCACACAAACCCAGCAGUCUCUAGCUGUCCCAGCCCCUCUUACUACAUGGACAGACUCACCCAUGAAACUCUAUAUCACCUACUCCGCCCCAUCCCUCCAGGGCCCCUUUCCCAUCACUGACCUUGACAGACGCCUCAGGUUUUUUGACCCAUUAACAGCUUACUCUUUUCGAAAUCCUGAGCGGAGGGCUAUUGCUUUACUUCAACUCCUCAAUCUAAGAGGGCUAUUUCCCUUAAUCACCCGCCUCACCUCUGUGAUCUACCCUAAUCAAGAUUUCUUAGAAUCUUCCCCACACCCCAUAUGGGGACCAUUGUCUACCCAGACCCUCCUCACCUCACAGGCCCCUCUCUGCAUAGCCCGCUUCUUUAAGGUCCCAGCCUACGCCACCUUCGUGGGCAAUCUCUCCUCCUCUCUUUGCAAUCACACCCUUCAUCUUUCACCCUCUGCCGAUCACCAAACCCUAGACCUGUCUGACACCUAUACAUUUAUGGAAUUAAAGAAGAUACAAGGUAUUAAGUGGAAAAAUCCCUUCCGAUUUUCAGGGCCCCCUUCCCUAACCUCCUUGGGGCAAUCUUCCUAUCCCUGCAGAACAGAUGGUACAUAUUGUCACACCUCCUCCGUCACCCCCUGGAGACACUGUCCUUCGUUUCACCCCAGCACCUGCUAUAACCUAACCCUAUUCGAACCCCACAGCUUAAGUAACCCUAUCACUGUGUCUGUGGAUAGUAAGCACUUCCGGAUUGCACUCCAGGGACAAAAGGAACCCGAUCUAUUGUUCCAGUACCAACCCCUUACUGGGGCUGCCCUAUCUGGACAAUAUGGGAUCUGGGAAAACGAAGUCACUAUUCACAAUAACUGGUACAUCACCCCAAACAUUUUCUCACGCCUUCUUAACUUAUCCUAUUCCUUCUGUCACAACACUUCGGGAAUUUUCUUCCUAUGUGGAACUUCGACUUAUGUCUGUCUCCCCACCAACUGGUCUGGUGUCUGUACCCUUGUCUUCCAAUACCCAGACAUUGAACUCCUUCCAAGUAACCAAACGGUAACCGUUCCCCUUCUUGCUUCUGUUUCCUCCUCUCUCUCGAACUCUCGCCAGAAGAGAGUCCCUCAGCUACUCCCACUCCUUGUGGGCCUGGGCAUCUCUACUGCCCUAGGUAUCAGCAUUGCUGGCAUUACCUCAUCCACCAUCUAUUUCCAACAGCUUUCUAAGGCGCUUUCAGAUAGCCUGGAUGAAAUAGCCUCUUCAAUUAUCACCCUCCAAAAUCAAAUAGACUCGCUGGCAGGUGUUGUUCUUCAGAACCGCAGGGCUUUGGACCUCCUCACUGCUGAAAAAGGAGGCACCUGUCUCUUCCUUCAAGAAAGAUGUUGCUUCUAUGUAAACCAGUCUGGAGUAGUGCGAGAUGCAGCGAAGAGGCUCUGGGAAAGAGCAGCGGAACUCCGCCCAGGCAUCAACUCUUGGAACCCAUUGGCUGGCCUAGGUUACUGGCUGCCCUCCUGGUUGGGUACCUUUGUGGGACCCCUUCUCUUUAUCCUGAUCGUGAUUAUUUUUGGACCUUGUCUUCUUAAUUGUCUGGCUCAUUUUGUAUCCCAGAGAAUGAGGUCUUUUAUCCAGGAUACCACCAAAGGACAUGUGGACAAAAUGCUUUUUUUACAGAAUUUUGGAUACGAGAGUCUGCCUCAACAUCCUCCUGAUGAAGUGUCCAUCCCUCUGGAAAAAACUGUACACAAAAAGACUGAACCCUCUUUCCCACGUAUCUAUUACAAAAAACAUCAAGAAUGUUAG